UCCGGGAGGGUUCGGGGCACCCAGUGGCUACCGGCGCGCGGCUGGCCGGCCCGUGGCCGGGCAGCAGGGCCUCCGCCAUGCCCGGAAUGGUGCUUUUCGGUCGGCGUUGGGCCAUUGCCAGCGACGACCUGGUCUUCCCGGGGUUCUUCGAGCUGUCCCUGCGAGUGGUGUGGUGGAUUGGCAUUUUGACUUUGUACCUCAUGCACCGAGGGAAGCUGAACUGUACAGGCCGUGCCCUGCUCACCAGUUACUUGAUCGUUCUUCUUGUUCUCCUAGCAAUUAUUAUAUGUACAGUGGCCGCCAUCACGUGUGUCAGCAUGAAAGGAACCAUCUGUAAUCCGGGACCACGGAAAUCUAUGUCCAAGCUGCUUUACCUCCGCCUAGCGCUCUUUCUGCCAGAGAUGGUCUGGGCUUCUCUGGGGGCUGCCUGGAUAGCAGACGACGUUCAGUGUGACAAGACGGUGGUGAAUGGCAUCAUUGCCACUGUUGUCAUCAGCUGGGUUAUCAUCGUCUCCACCGUAGUCACCAUCAUCAUCGUCUUUGACCCCCUUGGGGGGAAAAUGGCUCCAUAUCCCUCCGCUGGCCCCAACCACCUGGAUAGUCGUGAGUCCAGCCAGUUACUUAAUGGCCUCAAGACAGCAGCGACAAGCGUGUGGGAAACCAGAAUCAAGCUGCUGUGCUGUUGCGUCGGGAAGGACGACCAUACUCGAGUAGCUUUUUCGAGUACGGCAGAGCUUUUCUCAACCUACUUUUCAGACACAGAUCUGGUGCCCAGCGACAUUGCGGCGGGCCUCACCCUUCUCCAUCAGCAACAGGACAACAUCAGGAACAGCCAGGAGCCAGAUGAGGUGAUCAGCCAUUCCCCAGGCCCCCCCCAGGAAGCUGAUUUGGACACUGAGUUAGCCAACUGUCACCAUUACAUGCAGUUUGCAGCCGCGGCCUACGGGUGGCCCCUCUACGUCUACCGGAACCCCUUCACCGGGCUCUGCAAGAUUGGCGGGGACUGUUGUAGAAGCGGGACGACGGACUACGACCUGGUCGGCGGCGACCGGCUGCACUGCCACUUCGGCUCCAUCCUGCACACGACGGGCCUGCAGUACAGGGAUUUCAUUCACAUAAGCUUUCACGACAAGGUCUACGAGCUUCCCUUUCUAGUGGCUCUGGACCACAGGAAGGAAUCUGUCGUGGUAGCGGUGAGAGGAACCAUGUCUCUGCAGGACAUCCUCACGGACCUGUCAGCGGAGAGUGAGACCCUCAACUUAGAGUGUGGGGUGCAAGACUGUUCGGCACACAAGGGGAUUUCUCAAGCCGCCAGAUACGUUUACCAGCGCCUCGUCAAUGAUGGGAUUUUGAGCCAAGCGUUCAGCAUCGCUCCCGAGUACCGGCUGGUGGUGGUGGGCCACAGCCUGGGGGCGGGCGCCGCGGCGCUGCUGGCCCUCAUGCUCCGGAGCUCCUACCCGCAGGUCCGCUGCUACGCCUUCUCCCCGCCCAGGGGGCUGCUGAGCAAAUCCCUUUACGAAUACUCUAAGACCUUCAUCGUGUCACUCGUCCUCGGCAAGGAUGUCAUUCCCCGGUUAAGUGUGACUAACCUGGAAGACCUGAAGAAGAGAAUUUUGCGAGUGAUCGCACACUGCAACAAGCCCAAGUACCAGAUCCUGCUGCACGGGUGCUGGUAUGAGCUGUUCGGAGGAAGCCCGGAGAACUUUCCCACGGAGCUGGACGGGGGCACCCAGGGAGACCUGACGCAGCCGCUUCUGGGGGAGCAGAGCCUCCUGUCGCACGGGUCCCCGACCUACAGCUUCUCCAGUGACUCCCCCUUGGAGUCCCCCACCAAGUACCCCCCUCUCUACCCUCCCGGCAGAAUCAUCCACCUGGAGGAAGAAGGCACUGCAGGGAGGUUUUGCCGUUCUGCUGCUCGGUACAGCGCGAGGUGGUCCCACGAAUCACAGUUCAGCAAAAUACUCAUCGGCCCCAAGAUGCUGACAGACCACAUGCCGGACAUCCUGAUGAAAGCCUUGGACAGCGUGGUGUCGGGCCGGGCCGGCUACGCUUUCUGCCCCGCUGGAGGCGGCUCGAACGUGGAUGUGGUGUAACCGGGGCUCACGCAAGCUGCUGAAGGACGACCGGCUCCCGCUUCUGUUCUUGACCGACAAAAUCAGAGAGAUUCCCAUGAUGCCGGAACCUCGGAUGUCCACUGGUAGGAACUGGAUGGUCCUCUGAACCACGGGCUCAUUUGGGAAGUCGUUCUGAUCCCAGUAUUAGCAGAGCCGGUUGUCAGGAGAGCACGGAGAGGAUGGGACUCACACGGGAAGCUUCGGGAACCUCCAGGGUGUUUCCUUAGUGAUCUGAGAACUGUCCCAGGAAAGGGUGGGAAUCCAAGACCAGGUUCAGAUGCGUUCCCACCUCUGCUGCCACCUUUUCACUGACGGGGUCUUCAGAGUCUUAGCACUGUUGAGGGGAGUCUGAACCAGGGAUAGAGAUGUGCAGUUUACGUUGCAGACGGGAUUUUCCUGGCUGCACACACUCGUGUACUCCAUUGUCAGGGCGCACACAGGCUUUUUCCCGGGUGGCCCCGAGGUCGGGCUGGGAAUUGGGACCCCUGCCCCUGAGCGCGCCAGUCUCCACAUCAAGCUGACUGCUUCAUUUGCACAUGAUAUACUGGCUUUUGGAGGUCAGCCAGUGGAUUCAGAGGGAGUUAAUAAAGCACUUACAUGUGUCA